UACUGACUGACAGCCACAACGAUGAUUUAAAUACACACCAACCUAACAACAUCACACACACACCUCCAUUGGCUCACGAGGAGGAAGAUACAACACAUUGGCCCCGCCCCUUCACACUGUCUUUGGACCAACAAAAAAAAAAAAAAAAACAGCCGCUUAGUCACGAUAGGACGAGGAGAUGCGUUGUCCGAUGAUGUUGACCCUGCAGGCGGUGUGUGUGUGUGUGAGUGUGUGUGUGGCCAUGCAGCAAUACCCAGCUGCCUGGGGCCAUUAUGACGUGUGUAAAAGUCAGAUCUACACAGAAGAAGGGUUAACGUGGGACUACAUGGCCUGUCAACCAGAAGCUACAGUCCUAACCAAGUACCUGACCGUCAGCCUGGACCCACCCAAUAUCACCUGUGGAGACCCACCUGAGACAUACUGCACACUGGAAAACCCUUACAUGUGCAACAACGAGUGUGACUCCUCCACAGAUGAACUAGCCCACCCUUCGGAGCUCAUGUUCGACUUCGAGGGCCGCAACCCAACAACCUUCUGGCAGUCCAGUUCCUGGAAGAAGUACCCCAAACCCCUGGAGGUCAACAUCACGCUGUCCUGGAACAAAACUAUCGAGCUGACGGACGACAUCGUCCUCACCUUUGAGUCCGGCCGCCCCGAGCAGAUGCUUCUGGAGAAAUCGCUAGACUACGGUAAAACCUGGACCCCUUACCAGUUUUACGCUACCGACUGCCUCGACGCAUUUACCAUGGACCCCAAGACGGUCAACGAGCUGACCCAGCGAACCCUCCUCGACAUUAUCUGUACUGAGGACUACUCCCGAGGCUACGUGUGGAAGUACGAUAAAACAGUCCGCUUCGAGAUCAAGGACCGGUUCGCGCUGUUCGCCGGGCUGCAGUUGUACAACAUGGCGUCGCUCUACGGUCAACUGGACACCACCAGGAACCUACGGGACUUCUUCACUGUGACGGACCUCAGGAUACGGCUGCUGAAACCGGCCACCGGGUCCACCAUGGUGGAUGAAAACAACUUGUCCCGAUACUUCUACGCCAUCUCUGACAUCAAGGUGCAGGGAAGGUGA